AUGGCGUCUCUCCUCUUCCUCCCUCACGCGGCCCGCACGCCGACCCCGCGCGCCGCGACGCCCAGGCCCAGGGCCGCCGGAACCAUCACCUGCGGCCCGCGCGACAACCGGGGCCCGCUCCAGCGCGGGCGCUCGCUCUCCACGGAGGCCAUCCACGCGGUGCAGUCCCUCAAGCGCCUCACGGCCGCCGACCGGUCCCCCUCCGCCGCCCGCGUCGCGGCGUCCGCGUCCCUGGGCCGGCUCCUCCGGGCCGACCUCCUCGCGGCCAUGGCCGAGCUGCAGCGCCAGGGCCACUGGGCCCUGGCCCUCGCCGCGCUGCACGUGGCCCGCGCCGAGCCCUGGUACCGCCCCGACCCGGCGCUCUACGCCACCUUCGUCUCCUCCGCGCCGCCCUCCGACCCCGCCGCCGGCGCCGCCGUCGACGCGCUCGUGGAGGCGUUCCUCGAGGAGAAGGCGAGGGGCGCGGCGGCGCCGGCGGAGGGCCCGUGGGAGGGGCAGGACGUGUACAAGCUCACCAGGCUGGUGCGCGCGCUCGUGGCCAAGGGCAGGGCGCGCGCGGCGUGGCGGGUGUACGAGGCGGCGGUCAGGACGGGCGGCCUCGAGGUGGACGAGUGCAUGUACCGGGUCAUGGCCAAGGGGAUGAAGCGGCUGGGGCUCGAGGCUGAGGCGGCGGAGGUGGAGGCCGACUUCGCCGACUGGGAGGCCAGGGUCUUCCCGCCGGCGAGGCACGUGCUCGACGGAAUGCGCGCGCGGGAGGCGAGCGGCAACGACAAGGCCUCGGCUGCUGCGUCCAACUUGUGAUUUGGGUCUGUUUUGUUCAGUAUAAAUCAAUCACGAGAGCACAAAUGAUUACUACUGUACUGCGGAGUUUACUAGUUUUUGCACUGGAGAGUAAAAAUGUGAUGCUGAUGUAGCUGUAG